AUGAGUGGAUGUAAUUUAAUAUGGUUAGAUAAAGCAACCAAAAAGAGGAGCAAGGAUAUAUUAUGUCUAGAAGAUAUUCCUUACAAAGACGAAAUAAAAUAUUUAAAUGAAUUGAAGGUAUUGCCUUAUGUGUCAUGUAUUCAUUGUGUAAAUAUAAGGAAAAAAAAAGUAGAGAAUGCUGGUUUUAUGUUUUAUAUUAAAUAUGAGGUACCUUUAUUAUUAAAUGAAGGAGAUAAUAUAAAAAAGAGUAAGGAGAAUAAAAGAGUUGAAGAUAUCGAAGAGAUAUUUUUAUAUAAGGAUAAAAUAGAUUAUAUGUUAAAUUUAGAAAAAAGUAUUAACAAAAAUAAUAUAUAUGAUAAAAACAUUAGUAAUGAUAAAGAAAACAAAAGAAAAAAAGCUAAUGAAAAAGAUGAGGAAAUGAAUAAAGAUGAUUAUGAUAAUAAAGAAAAUAAUAAUAAUGGUGCUGAUAAUAUAAAAGGUCAAUUUAAAAAAGGAAGUAAUUUAAUAAAAAAAUGUAUUGAUCAAAAUAUUGAUGUAUAUGAUGUGUUAGGUGUUGAAGAAACAGAUGAUCUAGAAACAAUAAAAUCGUGUUAUAAAAAAUUGAUUUUAUUAUUUCAUCCUGAUAAAAAUAAAGGUACUGCAUAUUUAAAUGAAAAAGAAAAAGAAAAAGAAAAAAAAAAGGGAAAAAAUAAAAAAAAAAAAAAUUAUAUGAACGAUGCAAAUAAUAAUAAUAAUAAUAAUAAUAAUAAUGAAAAAGAUUUCUUAUAUUUUAUUGAAAAAUAUAAUAUCGAAAAAUUAACAAAUGAUGAAAAAAAAAACAUUUUUUUAAAAAUACAAGAUUCAUAUACCAUCCUCUCAGAUAAAAUAUUAAGAAAACAAUAUGAUAGUUCCAUACCAUUCGAUGAAAGAAUACCAACAUUAACUCAAUUAGAAGAAGCAAAAAAUUUUUAUAAUUUCUUAAGACCUGUAUUUAAAAGAAAUGCUAAAUGGUCAGCCAUCAAACCUGUACCUGAUAUAGGUGAUGAAAAUACGGAUAUAAAAGAAGUAAAAUAUUUUUAUGACUUUUGGUAUAAUUUUAAUAAUUGGAGAGAUUUUUCUUAUCAAAAUGAAUAUGAUUAUGAACAAGCUGAAUGUAGAGAAGAACGAAGAUGGAUGGAAAGAGAAAAUAAAAAAAUUCAGAAAAAAGCCUCAAAAACAGAAAAUCUAAGAAUUAUUAAAUUAGUCGAUUUAGCCUAUAAUAAUGAUCCAAGAAUUAUUGCAGAAAAUAAAAGAAUAAAAUUAGAAAAAUUAAAAAAAAAAGAACAAGCAAUGAUUGAAAAGAAAAAUCAACAAAAUGAAAAUAAUAAUAAUAAUAUACAACAUAACAACAAUAAUAAUAAUAUACCUAGUCAUAAAAAAAAUAUAGAUAAAGCAUCUGUUAAAUUAUGGAAACAUCAUAUUAAAUCUUUAUGUCUUACCAAAUUAUCAAAUCUAGUAAAUACUGAAGAUAUUCAACAAAAAAUAUCUAUCAUGUCUUUUGAUGAUUUAUGUGAAUUUAUUUAUGAUAUUUAUGUUAUCUUAAAUUUUACAGUACCGAAAAAUAACACAGACACAACAUCAACAUUACUGACGAAUAUAAAAAAUAAUACUAUCCAUAAGAAGGUGUACAAUCCUAAUAUUAAUGACCCCAAGAAAGCCUUUCAAAGCAUAGGAAGCACAUCAACAACAAAUAAUAAUCAUGUAAAUAAUAAUAAUAAUAAUAAUAUAUCCACGGACGGAAAAACGAGUACGGGAUUUAUAGGACAUCUUAAAAAUGUGCACUUGGAUUAUAAACAAAUACAAACAUUAAUAGAUACUUUUAAAAAGUAUAUUCAAGAUCAUUCUUUUAUUUUACAAAACAAUGACCAUCAAUUAAAUGAUCAACAUAAUUACCAAACGGACAUACAAACAGGUACAUAUACACAGUGCAACGAACAAUUUAAUAAAAACGAAAAAGAAAACGAAAACGAAAUCGAGAAACAACAAACGCAUGCUAAUAAUUAUUCUAAUGUAAAUACACAAGAUAUUAGGCAGAACAAAUUUUCAAAUAAUAUUCUUCACAGCAAUAAUGAAAAAAUAUAUGAACAUGUAAAAAAAGAAAACGAAGAAAUCAAUAUAUAUAGUAACGAUUCUACACAAAUUAAUAUUAACGAAAGCAAUGAACAUGUAUAUGAACAUGUUGGCAAAUUAAAUGAGGAUACACUAAAAUAUAGUAAUGAUUCUACACAGUCUAAUGUGAACAUAUAUAAUGAACAAAAUAAUCAAGAAAACGAAUUACAAAGUAAUAAGUGGAGCGCACAAGAAGUCUCCCUACUAGCUAAAGCGUUAAAGUUAUAUCCUGGAGGUACACGUAACAGAUGGGUUCUAAUAUCGAAUUCAAUAAAAACAAAAACUGUUAAGGAAGUUAUUAAAAAAACCAAAGAAAUGUUUGAAAAUGAUACACUAAAAAAUUUAGGUAGGAAUUUUGACGAAACACCUUUUGAUCAUUUUAAGAAUCAAAAUAAAGGUGUUAUGAAAAAAAUUGAUGAUAACCUAGACAAAAGGGAAUAUAAAUUAACUAAAGAAAAUAACAACCAAGUGGAAACGGAUAAUUUAAAUGGUGAUGUAGAAAAGAAAAAACCUUGGACACAUGAGGAACAACAUUUAUUAGAACAAGCCUUAAUCAAGUAUCCAACUUCUAUACCCAUAAAAGAAAGACUCAAAUUAGUUUCACAUGAAUUGAAAACACGAACAGUCGAUGAAGUAAUUUUAAGAAUGAAAACGUUGAGGGCUCAAAUUAUGGCACAAAAAUCAUCAAAGUAG